GUAAGCCACAAACAAAUUACUUCCGAUAAUGGCACAUCUCUCGAUACUCUGCAUUGUCAUGGCUUGUGUUCUCCUCCCACAUCUCGUCGAAAUGAAGCCUUACAAGAAGUCCGAGAAACUGCCACUAAAUUUUGCAGAGGAUGGAUCAUGGAACAUCAAGUUUGGAGGACUGACUGUUGGCAGUAACGAGAAGGGAGUGGUGAAGCUGGGGUCUGGUCUGUGUGUGACAAACUUCGAUCUGUCGAAACCGACUUCUGAGGAGUUGUCUGCGAAGAAGGGAACUCGACAGGUGGACAUUGCCUGCAAACGUCCUGAUGUGAAGAAGAUUGAGAAGAAGAUUCAAAGUUUGAAGAAGGACAUCAAGGAGGCGAAGGAUGCGAAGUCGAAGAAGGAUUAGAUGUUCUGUGUUGAGGGAGAUUCAGUAUUUCUCUGGUUGGACAAGUGAAGUGACCGCGAUUGACAUGUUUUUUAAAUGAAUACUCA